GUAGAGGUUCGCCCUUUUUAUCACUGACUUUCAUGUAAAUAACAACUGAUGUUUAUUUAUGUCACAAAUCCAAUGUAAUGCUUGCAACACUGUUGGCACAGUCAGUAAAGCCCACAGAGCAAACCUCUACAACUUCACAUUGAGUUCGCCAGCAUAACACAGGGAUUUCAGCAUUUAAAUUCUUGCUCUGUCUGUUCAAUGGAAGGAAAGACCUUUUACGAAGAAAUCUAUAAACAGUGAAAGCAAAAACCAGUUACAUUGAUUAGAUAAGGAACAUCCAAAUAAGAUGGAUGAGAAUUUUGUUUCUUGUGGCUUGAAGGAAACUAUUCAAGGAUGAUAGGACCAAGAGUUGAAUUGAUUGCUUCUGUUUCUGAUAUCCUUAUCUCUAGAUACUGAACGGUGUGUAAACAGAAUCUCGAGUAUACAUCACCUGUUAUCACACCAACUGGUAACCUAACUCUGGCAGACAGGUAACCCAACACUGGCUGACGGCCAGGUGAGAAAAGGUGCAAAGUGAUUUUAUUGGACUUGAAUUUUUAGCAUUAGCUGCAAUUGAUUACAUUCAGUCUGUAAAGCUGAACAGGUACUGCUGAGGUGUGUAAUCCUCGUUAGACAGAUUGAAUUUUCCAUUAUGAUGUAGGCUGGGACCUUACACAUGGAUUUUAAUAGGUACAAAGGAUUUCCACCUCCCCGCCUAUUUCACAGUAUUUGGAUUUACUGACAUCCAGCUGUCCGGCGUGCUUUAUAAACAUUUUGCCUCGCUGAUAGAUGCCAUUGAGAUUCAGUAAUGCUAUUAGAGUCCGGAGCUCAAAGUUAUUGGAAAAAUUACUCUCAUGUGGAACAUUGAACAAAAAUGGAUUUCUUUUGUUGAAAGUAUUGAGGUAAAAAGGGAAUGACGCCAUUUCAGGUUGUUCUAUCGCCGUGCCAGCCUGUUUGCAUUGUCUCCAUCUCACAAACUAAAGGAUUAAAAUUGGAUUAUUGAAGUCAGGAGAAAUCUGAAGUAGUCUUGUGUUUGAAACAAUAGCUUUUCUACCUAUAUAUAGACAUGUUACUAGCUACACAUAAUAUAUGAAAGACAGAUAGAUGAGUUCAGACUUAAGCAGUUCUGCCGUUAGUAGAUGAGACUUUCUGUGAAGAAUAGUGAUAUAUGAUAUAAAUGAUAUAGAUUUUACAUGAUGAAAGCCAAGUGGGAAGUAAAGGGCAUUGAACAUCAUCCAGCGAUUCGCACGAAAAAGCAGAACAAUGUUGCCGCUAGACAGAUGGAAAACCAGAUUUCUUUCAUGGAGACCAAAUGCAAUUCUCAGACGGCAAGGUUGGAACAGUCGAUGAGAAAUCUAAGAAGACAACUGGACGAAAUGUCGCAGGAAAGAGAACGUACUGGACAGGAACGCGCAAGACAGCGAAUCACGUCAAGUUAUACAAUGCGUCAAUACUCUGUGACCCCAGAUUCAAACAAACUCAAGCGAAACUCAAACUCGUGUGAAUUCCUUGUGCCGCAAAGGAAGUAUCAGUGUGUCCAUUUCCCCUGUACAGCGCCUACGUCCUAUCACACCAUCGGCUUCAGGAUCGACCCCGACAACACUUCCUGGGUGCCAUGGAAACAGCUACGACACAAUCUCAGUGAUACAGCUUUAGCUGCGAUGGGGAAAUCGGCCAUAUUGAACACUGGGAUUUCUAGAUUAACUGCACAGAGGAGGUCAGAGUUGUUAAAAUUAGAAAUGGAGAGUCGACGAAAGAAAUCGGAAAAAGAGAAACCACCGUCUUGGCAAGUGAAUUAUGGCAAGCCAACACCGUACAAAAGAUUGAAAUACCCUGUAAGGCUAGAUCCGAUAGACAUGACAUAGUGAAAUCAGAUAUGUUUGUUUAAAUAUAUUUGACUUUUGCUCAAGAAAUCUUUUAAAAACACUGACUUGACACUAAACCUUUUAGGGAGUUUAUUGCCCUUCGUCAGCUGUCAGUAUAUUGUAUACAGUUUUAGUAGCUAUUCUUUUUCAUUUGAUUCAAUGCUGCAUUGUUUGUAUUUUAACUGAUAUAGACAGAUUUUGUAUUGGCAGAUACAGACAGAUUUUGUAUUUUAACUGAUAUAGACAGAUUUUGUAUUGGCAGAUAGAUACAGACAAGAUUUGUAUUAAGACAGGAUUUUUGUUUACUGAUACAAGCAAAAUUUGUGUUUAUAUAUGCAAUUAUGUGUCUAGAAUUUAGACAAAUUUUGUAUUUGUUGAUACAAACAUAUUUUGUAUUUGUUGAUACAAACAUAUUUUGUAUUUGUUGAAACAGGCAGAUUUUUUAUUUGCAGACUAAUUUGGUAGGUAGUUUGUUAGGACAGGUCAUGCAGAUUAUAGUCUACAGAAUUUAAGUAUUUAACUGUGAUGUGAUUAUUUUGAUAUAUUGCUGUUAAAAUAUGCUGCCGGUUUUAAAGAAUGAUGAAAUAAACUUGGUACUGUUUAGUUUUUUGUGGGGUCCUUUCUGAUAAGAUACACAAUGUAGACCUAAUUAGAAACAUAGAGGUUCACCAACGAGUGAUGGUUGGUUAUCAUGUUUAUCUAACUCCAGUAAGUUAAUUUUCAAAUUGUAUUAAGACACAAGGUUUACCUAGUGACUUUUGCAAUUUAAUAAAGGAAUAACGAUGAGUUUGGGAGCCUUUUUCUUACAUAACAUUCAUAUUAUUAUGUAUUUAUCACAUAAUGU